CCGGUGAGGUUUGAUUUUUUUUCUUGAUUUUUUUUUUCUUUUCUUUCUGGUAUAUAUGUACUAUGAAAGAAUGUAAUUACUAACUGAAAAUACACCUCCAUCGUUUUAACUUGAACAACCCUGAAGAUUGUGAGGGUGUCAUUAGUUUUUAGCAAGAGAAAGUAAGCGCUUACAUUUUGACUAAAGAACACAGUUGGUAAAUAAAAUGGCUUCUAAGUUUUCAGAGGAGGAUUUCUCCUGUCCUGUGUGCUGUGAAAUCUUCAAGGAUCCUGUUCUUCUGCUCUGCAGUCACAGUGUGUGUAAAGUGUGUUUGCAGCUGUUCUGGGAGGCCAAAGGAUCCAGAGAAUGUCCUGUUUGUAGGAGGACGUCAUCUCUGGAGCAACUUCCUACAAAUCUGGUGUUAAAAAACCUGUGUGAGACUUUCUUACAGGAAAGAAGUCAGAGAUCUUCAUCAGUGUGUAAAACAGUCUGCAGUCUGCACAGUGAGAAACUUAAACUCUUCUGUCGGGACGAUCAACAGGCUGUUUGUUUGGUGUGUCGGGAUUCAAGGAAACAUGCAGAACACAAAUUCUGCCCCAUUGAAGAGGCAGUACCAGACUUUAAGGAGGAUCUCAAAACUGCACUCAAGCCUCUACAGGAGAAACUGAAGAUCUUUAAAGACUGUAAACUAAACUGGAGUCAGAUUGCUGAACACAUAAAGAUUCAGGCCCAGCACACAGAGUGUCAGAUAAAGGAGGAGUUUGAGAAGCUUCACCAGUUUCUACGAGAUGAAGAGGCAGCCAGGAUCGCUGCACUGAGAGAGGAAGAGGAGCAGAAGAGUCAGAUGAUGAAGGAGAAGAUUGAGAAGCUGAGCAGAGACAUAUCAUCUCUUUCAGACACAAUCAGAGCCAUAGAAGAGGAGAUGAGAGCUGAAGACGUCUCGUUUUUACAAAACUACAAGGCCACAGUAAAAAGAGCCCAGUGUACACUGCAGCAUCCAGAGGAGCUUUCAGGAGCAAUGAUCCAUGUGGCAAAAUAUCUGGCCAACCUGAGGUUCAGAGUCUGGGAGAAGAUGCAGCACAUAGUCCAAUUCACAUUUGUAUCUCUGGACCCCAACACUGUUCAUCCUAAUCUCAUUGUAUCUGAUGAUCUGACCAGUGUGAGACGCAGUGAUAAGAAACAGAAACUUCCUGAUAAUCCAGAGAGAUUUGAUGAAUGGGAGUGUAUCCUGGGCUCUGAGGGCUUUAACUCAGGAACACACUGCUGGGAUGUUGAUGUUGGUGACUGUAGAGACUGGUCAUUGGGUGUGAUGACAGAAUCUGCUCAGAGGAAGGGUAAGAUGUACUCCAGAAGUGGAAUCUGGUGUGUGGAAUAUUAUAAUGGUGAAUAUGGAGCAUGUUCUACACCACAACCAGACAUUCCGCUCUCAGUAGCACAGAAACUCCAGAGGAUCAGAGUGCAGCUGGACUGGGACAGAGGAAAACUGACAUUCUCCGACCCUCUCACUAACACACACAUGCACACUUUCACACAAAUAUUUACUGACAGAUUACUGCCAUUCAUAGGUGUUUUUGGUAAAGAAUCUCCUCUGAAGAUUUUCCCACUUCAGUGCUCUGUGAGAGUAAAUACGAUCAGUUAGUUAGAGAUAGUUUCAUAUCAGUUUAUUAUUUAAACAUUGCAGUUUUCAAAAUAUUAAUAUUUUUUGUGAAAGUUUUUCAAGAAGCGCUGAACAGUUCAUUGUAAAAAGUUUUAUGAAAAGUGCUAUGGCAUUAUUUCGAUCCAAGUCAAAGUAAUGUGAAAACUGGCAAUAUUAAUAGAAUAUCCUUGUACAUAAAAUAAUAUAAAUAAUUUAUAAGUGAUACAAUU